UGCUCCGUUACUUCCUGCGGCAACGCUCUCGCUCUCUCGCUCGCUCUCGCUGCCGCCUGCAGUCAGUCAGUCUCACCACGGAACACGCUGCGCGCAGAUUACUAUCACUAUAUAUAUAUAUGCCAGUCAACAACACUUCAGCCGCUCCUUUCCUUUCACUCCGACGCGAAGACUUCGCUUUAGUUAAACCACAUCGCUUAUCCUGCCUCCUGCGGUGUUUUCUUCAGCCUAAGAGCUUUUCCCGAGCUUCAUAAGCUGCUUUGGGUAAGAAAAGCGCGUUUGUUGUGCGUGUAAAGGCAGCUCAGUUUCUCAGCAAUGGCGACAGCUGCGGUAUCUGCCCCUGCUGGCGGCGGCCCGAACCCCGGAUCCGGUGCCGAGUUGGUCCGCGGUCAGGCUUUCGACGUCGGGCCGCGCUACAGCAACCUCUCGUACAUCGGAGAAGGCGCAUACGGCAUGGUUUGCUCGGCGUAUGAUCGUGAUAAUAAAGUGCGUGUGGCGAUAAAGAAAAUCAGUCCGUUUGAGCACCAGACGUACUGUCAGCGCACACUCCGUGAGAUUAAAAUCCUGCUCCGCUUCAAGCACGAGAACAUCAUUGGCAUCAACGACAUCAUCCGCACCCCCACCAUCGACCAGAUGAAAGACGUCUAUAUUGUACAGGAUCUGAUGGAGACGGACUUGUACAAGCUGUUGAAGACACAGCACUUGAGCAAUGACCACAUCUGUUACUUCCUGUACCAGAUCUUGCGCGGCCUGAAGUACAUCCACUCAGCAAACGUUCUCCACCGAGACCUGAAGCCAUCUAACUUGUUGCUAAACACUACUUGCGACCUCAAGAUCUGUGAUUUUGGGCUCGCCCGUGUGGCUGAUCCAGACCAUGACCACACUGGCUUCCUGACGGAGUAUGUAGCCACACGUUGGUACCGCGCACCAGAGAUUAUGCUCAAUUCUAAGGGUUACACUAAGUCCAUUGAUAUAUGGUCGGUCGGUUGUAUUCUGGCUGAGAUGCUUUCGAAUAGACCCAUCUUCCCUGGGAAACACUAUCUGGACCAGCUUAACCACAUCUUAGGUAUUUUGGGCUCCCCCUCUCAGGAGGAUCUCAACUGCAUUAUCAACAUUAAGGCGAGAAAUUACCUGCUGUCACUUCCUCUCCGCUGCAAAGUUCCCUGGAACCGCCUGUUUCCUAAUGCAGACCCUAAAGCGUUGGACCUGUUGGAUAAGAUGUUGACCUUUAACCCUCAUAAGAGGAUUGAGGUGGAGGAGGCGCUGGCUCACCCGUACCUGGAACAGUACUAUGACCCCACAGAUGAGCCUGUUGCAGAGGCUCCGUUUAAGUUCGAUAUGGAGCUGGAUGACUUGCCCAAAGAGACUUUGAAAGAGCUGAUCUUUGCAGAAACUGCACGUUUCCAACCAGGCUACAGACCAUAGCCUAUCACACAGGUGUUGGUCUGGAUUCUAACAUGCUGAUGCUUCUGUCUCCACUCCACUGUGCGCUGUGGUCCUCUUUUGGUCUUCAUCGCCAUCAUCACCAUUGUUAUCUCCUCCUCUUCCUGAACUCCAAAAUUACAGGCAGCCCUCAAAGUUCAUCUGACCCCAGCUGAGAACAUGCACUCCUGCUCUCUUCACCUGCUUCACUCUUUCGGUCUCAUUACAAUGAAAGCGCAGAGCUUCUCUCACACUCACACUCUCUCUUCCUGCCCAUCUGUGUGAAAGUUUGCCCGCGUGUGUUUGUGGACAACACCUCGUCAAGGUGUCUGAUUCCAAUUAACCCUUUUUCUCUCAGUCCUCUGAUACACUUCAGUAAAAACCGUCUAUGAUUGUGAUGUUGUGCUUCUUUCUAGCCUCCUGGUAAUAUUUCCAACAAGCUGCUUUUCUAAAGUGUCUGUAAGCCAUUUUGAAGUCCCACAGAGGUCAAACAGGGAGAGAACGAGGGCUCAGAUCUCCUCUAUUCUUAUUUAUAUAUGCAGUGGACUCGCAUUUAACCACAUUGUGCAUCGCCAAUUUCCUCAAAGUGCACAGAGCGUGAAAUUUGCCACGGUGCCAUUUUUAAGGCUUUAAUGUAUUUUCAUAAAUGCAAAUAUGUAUGCACUAUUGACCCCUUAAAAUUGAUUAAAAACCUGUAAUUAAUUUAUCAGAUUAUUUUAACCGCCCCCCCAUAUUGUGACAUGAACUAAUAUACAUGCAUAUACAUAUGUGUGUGAUUUAAAGACCUGUAAUUAUUUCAAACCUGUCGGUAAUUACAUUAAUAUAAUAAAUAAUUAUUAUUUGUAUAUCGAUUCUCAAUCACUUAAUCACUUCUAGAAACCUUAGAAAAGAGACAAAUCUGUUACAUUUGCUUAAGCACCAAAGAAAAGACCAUUCUAAAGAUGUUAGGCCACCUUAGAAAAUGUGUACUUGUGUCCAAAAUUUGACUUAAGCCCUCAAAUGACCUAACAGAAAAGGCAAGUGCCAUGCAGGUUUACAUAUAUCCUGAAAUCCAGGUGUUUUUAUCUAAAGAUGCACAUAGGUCCAUCUAGGAACUAGACUUUAUCAUUUAGAUGGGUGUAGAGAAACUUCUGUCACGGGACAAUCCUGAGUUUUUCAGUAACAAUGGGUACAUUUCGAAUCAAUGUCUAUUAUAAACGUACAGUGCCUGCUCAUCUGUAUUCAUUCUUUCCGUUUUGUAUAUUUCUUUGUCUUUUUUUGCUUUCCCUGAACCCCCAGCCGCCUUGUAUCAAUAAGACUGUGCCCUUGCAUGACUGUUAAAAAGCUUUCUAUACAAAGAAAAUGGAAGUGCCACAUUGCUGGGGAUUCCACUAUUGGACUCUCAGGUUUUUGUUAUAUCCUACCUUUUGUGGUCCCAUAUUUCCUAUAUAGUGUAAUCAGUUCAAAAAGAAGAAAAAAACUCUUUAUUUUGCUUCAUGUUCAUUUCGGUUGCACUUCUUUCAAAAUCCAGGUUCCUUUCAGUGUUUGGAGAAACAAAAAAUAUGAAUAGUCGAGAUUAGCUUUUUAGAUGAACUAGCUCAACCAGAACGUCAGGUUUAAUUCCACGUGGAAAUUAGGAGCCUCUAGCCAUGGAAAUGCAACUUUUAUUAAUCCAUUUCAACCGUAAGAUACUGUCUGCUGGUGAAUGAAUAACGUGGUGCGUCGAGACCCAGGCGAAAUGAAAGGAACUGUACGUGCGAUAAUGCAUACUCUUGUGAAAUUAUACAGCACUUGAACGUUUGCGAAAAUGGACGUCGAAGACAUUAAGUUAUUGAUACUGAUAUGCGCAUAUGUGCAUGGCUUCAGCAAGUGUUUCUUUCCCACACUCUGGCUUCCUCUUUGGUUUACUAACCCUACAUUAUUUCUGCCUAUACUUAUAUGGCAAGGCGCCACCUAGUGGUGGUAUCAGAUGUUGGUUGAUCAAGGAGAGAAUGGGCGAUUCUCUUAAAUAAUGAAUACAUAAAAAAAAAAAAAAAAAAUUCAUAAUUGUGAAACUCUGUAAGAUAGCUUCUGCCGAAUCAGUGUGCAGCCUGUCUGUUUCUGUGUGCCUUUAUGCGUCACGAAUAACUACAUUUAUUGUGCAGCUUUUUGUUGGGGAUCAGUUGUGACUUUUUUGCGGUAUACUCUUGAAAUUAUAUAUAUAUAUAUAAAUUUAUAUAUAUAUUUAAAAAAAAGUGAAAACCAAAAAAAAAUAAAAAAUUCUCUAUGUAAUUUUAAGUCCUAUUUGUCACAGCUUUUGUGAUUCAUUUGAGGAAGUAAAGAACAAUAAAUGAGCCUUUUCUUUCUGCCCUACCUGGUUUGAUCCUGUUGCAUUUUGCCUUCAGUUCUUGAAAGUUUUGUGUAGAACUGUUUUUAUUGUAAAAAUGAAUGUCUAGUGAUUUAUUAUUAUUAAUCUUGUAAAAAAAAAAAAAAAUUCUGUGUAUUAAUCUCCUUUUUGUUAGCAAUGGCAAACUUUUUGUUGUGAUUUUCACUUACGAGCUUUGAAACCCCCAGGUUUUGGUCUCUCUGGGGAAACUUGUGAUUACAAAUAUUUCAAAAAUGUAUUGAAAUCUUUUGAAUCUAUUGAAAACAGUGGCAUUAUGUCUCAAAGGCUUGUUUUUAAUGCUCAAAAAGACGGCCAAUGUUCAUUGCCGAUAUUGAUCUCUGCAUCUGCCAAGUCAUGUAACCUAGAAACUGCAGAAUAAAACCAAUUGUAUUAUA